AUGCAUGUAUCUCCAACUGACAAGAUACAAGUAUCUCCAACUGACAAGAUACAAGUAUCUUCAACUGACAAGAUACACGUAUCUCCAACUGACAAGAUACACGUAUCUCCAACUGACAAGAUGCAUGUAUCUCCAACUGACAAGAUACAAGUAUCUCCAACUGACAAGAUACAAGUAUCUUCAACUGACAAGAUACUAGUAUCUCCAACUAACAAGAUACACGUAUCUCCAACUGACAAGAUACAAGUAUCUCCAACUGACAAGAUACACGUAUCUCCAACUGACAAGAUACACGUAUCUCCAACUGACAAGAUACACGUAUCUCCAACAGACAAGAUACACGUAUCUCUAACUGACAAGAUACAAGUAUCUCCAACUGACAAGAUACACGUAUCUCCAACUGACAAGAUACACGUAUCUCCAACUGACAAGAUACACGUAUCUCCAACUGACAAGAUACACGUAUCUCCAACUGACAAGAUACACGUAUCUCCAACUGACAAGAUACACGUAUCUCCAACUGACAAGAUACACGUAUCUCCAACUGACAAGAUACACGUAUCUCCAACUGACAAGAUACACGUAUCUCCAACUGACAAGAUACACGUAUCUUCAACUGACAAGAUACACGUAUCUCCAACUGACAAGAUACACGUAUCUUCAACUGACAAGAUACAAGUAUCUUCAACUGACAAGAUACAAGUAUCUUCAACUGAAAAAAUACAUGU